CGUCUUCCCUUCCCACUCCUCUCGCUCUGCCGGUCCGGUGCUGCUGGGCAGAGAAGAGGGGCUGGCUGCAGUGCAGACGGCUUCUCUUCCCUGCCCAGCAGCCCUGGCGGAGAGAAUCCCCCGCCGUCUCAGGUGGUAGUCCGAGCACAGUAGGUUCGCGACAGACUCUGCGAGGGCUGGUUGCACUAUGAGUGCCGAUUGCACGAGUUAUCUGAACGCUGAGAAGGUGCUGGUGAGCGCUUUCAGGUGCCCUCGGGACGAUGGCGAAGCCAGCGCGGUCUAUUGCUGCGGCUUUCAGGACGUCAAAUACUGUUGCGAUGACCCAAACAGCUUCUUCCCCUACGAGCACAGCUACAUGUGGUGGCUCAGCAUUGGAGCGCUUGUUGGCUUGUCAGUCGCAGCAGUGGUCCUGCUGGCUUUUAUCAUCACUGUAUGUGUUCUCUGUUACUUGUUUAUCAGCACGAAGCCACACAGAAAACUGGAUACAGGCUUAAGUUUACAGACAUCAGCAUACAACUGCACCUCUCCAAAGGCACCAACAAAGCAUUCCAACCACAGCAAUGAAAGAAUUCUCUAGGCUGGACACUCCAAGUUUAUUCUGGAAAAGGACCUGUCAUCUGAUUUCAUGUCUGCUAAUUUUACUUAGGAAUCUUUGGUGAGGUAUCCUGUCAAAAUCCUUUUAAAAGUCCAAGAAUAUAAUGUCUACUGGAUGACUGUUAUCUACAUGCUACUUUCCUCUUUCCAAGAACUUCAGAAGACUGAUAAAGUAGCACUUGUCUUUGCAGAAGACAUCCUUAUUUUCCCUUAGCAGGCUUUGGUCCUCUGUGUGGCUCAUAAUUCUUAUUUUGAUUCCAGUUUCUUUUAAUUUACCUGUGAUAGACAACUGUCCUGUAUAGAGCCAUUUUAUAUUUAUAUUUCUGAUCGUGCUCUUUUUGUUUAUGUUGU